UUCAAUAUAAAUAAAACAAUUUAUAGCUCGUAUCUGUAGUUUUCAAUUCUAUUUUUCAUGUAUCUUUCUUUUCCAACAAUCCUUCUCUUAUUUUUGCAUCCAGUGGUAGCAAUGAUUCCUCAAGGUGUCACGAUUAAAGAACCAAAAUGCUGGUAUGUGGCAAACCCGGGACCCUGUGAUGAUUUUGUAAAAGUCUGGGGCUACGAUUAUAUGACCAAUCGCUGUAUUUUCUUCUAUUAUGGAGGCUGCGGUGGGAAUCCAAAUCGAUUUUAUACGAAAGAGGAGUGCUUGAACACCUGCCGAGUGCACAGACCUCCAAACCGGAAGAAAAGGGAAGGAGAUUUGAACGUAGAAGAGGAGGAGGAGUUUGAGGAGGAUAUUGACGACUGGGACAAAUGGGUAGAUUGGGACCAUUCGGAGCUAUGAGUAUACCAAUAGAAAGGGUAUGCAAAAGUCGCCAUGACCAAUACACUUUGGCUUCAAGUUAACUUUUGAUUCGUUGUGCAAACGCAUAAUUUCAGUUUGAAAGAAAGAACUUCCCGUCGA